AUGGAUGAGUCUCAGGGCCAUCAUUUCGGCCGGACAUUGAUUGGCAGCUCAGCUUCAUUGCCAUCAAAAGAAAAGUUUGCCAUUGAGAGUUCCAUUCAUCAGCAAGUUAGAGAUGCCAGCCGAGCUUUGGAUGUGGCGGCUCAUGGGACGAGGUCAAGUGGGGACAGUGAAGAGAGGCAGAGGGUCAUUUCACAGACAGGUAACAGUUUGCAUGACCCAUCAUCAUCAUGUGCCAGCAACUUUUCUACAAUCAAAGCUGUUGAGACACCAGAGAUGGGACAGUUCUUUAACUACACUAGUGAGAAUGAUAAGAUGAACACUGAGUCCAUAUAUGGCCCCCGGGAUCAUUCCAAACUGCACAUGGAUGCUAUUUAUGUCAGCCAACAGGAUUCAAAGAUACCACUUGGUAACCUGUAUGGAGGCAAAAGUUGUGACGUUGGCAAGGAUCACAUGAGUGAGGCUGUUGUAGGCCGAUCCCUCUAUGAUCCUGAAUUCUUCAAGGGAACUUUUGGCGGCGCAGCUAACAGCUCACUGACGAGCAGAGAUAUGGGCUUGGAGAAGAUUUAUCAUUGCGAGCUGUGCAACAAAGUCUUCAGCAACAGUUUCUUCCUGCAGCAGCACAAGUUAUUCCACACUGGAGAGAAGCAGUUUGUGUGUGGCACAUGUGGUCACAAGUGUUUCUACAAGAGUCACUUGAGGGAGCAUGAACGCACACAUACAGGAGAGAAGCCAUACAAAUGCCGCGUGUGUGAGGUGGGGUUUGCCCGGAGAGAUUCUCUCAAGCGGCAUGAAAAAUCACACCUGGAGGACAAGCCUCACAUGUGUGAUGUGUGUGACAAGGCCUUUAAACAUAAAACUUACCUUCAGCUCCACCAGCGAAUCCACACUGGAGAGCGUUCCUACAAGUGUCACAUGUGUGAGAAGAGCUUUGCUCGGGCAGAGAGUCUCAAACGCCACAAAAUUUCUCAUGUGAAAGAGAAAGCUUACAAAUGUCAGAUGUGUGAGAAAAGCUUUAAAUGUCACACUCACCUUCAGAACCACACACACAACCACACAGGAGAGAAGCAGCACACCUGCCACUUGUGUGAGAAGAAGUUUAAGUAUCCGGCUCUACUGCAGAAACAUCACCUGAUGAAACACUCGGCACAAAGGCCCUUUCCCUGUGACCUGUGUGACAAAGGCUACUUCACUGAAACCGAGCUGAAAGUUCACAAGAUGAACCAUGCUAUCACACCUGCAUUCUCUUGUGAAUUCUGUGGUAAAGGUUUUCACAGAAGUGAGCAGCUGGACAAUCACAGAAGAGUGCACACAGGUGAGAGACCUUUUAAGUGCACAUUUUGUAAUGAUGCAUUUGCUCAGCAGGCAGGGUUGCUUAGCCACCAGAGAAUUCAUGCUGCGGAAAAAAUGCUUCUGCAACAAGCAAGUUUACAGGAUCAUGAGAGAAUUCUUGCUGCCGAGAAACAGCAGGCUAGCCUACAGGGUCAUGAGAGAAUUCUUGCUGCGGAAAAACAACAGGCCAGCCUACAGGGUCAUGAGAAAAUUCAUGCUGCAGAGAAGCUGCUUCUACAGCAGACAGGCCUACAGGGCGGUGAACACAUGCAGCCUCAGGAGAAGCCAUAUGUAUGUACAACAUGUGGACUCAUGUAUUCUCAAAUGGCGCCAUACAAUGCUCACAUUGCCACUCAUACAAAAGACAUGCCUUACAAGUGUGAGCCCUGCGGCAGACAGUACCAGCACUAUGCUAGUUUUCAGUAUCACCAAAACAUGUGUUCGUUUUACCACAACUCUCUUAGAAAGGCAAGUACAUUAGUCAACCACACAACUACUGACUGA